AUGUAUCCACCUAUAAAACGUCUUCGAACUAAUGAAAAUCAAGAUGAAUCUAAUCAUGCAGCCGGAGGAGUAGCAGCGGCAGCACCUGGCUCAUCGAUGAUGGACGAUUUUGAAAUGACCGAUGAUGAAUUACUAUUUUCUGCAACACAAGUCGAACAACAAACAAAUAAUGAUUAUUAUCAAGCUCAACCUGCUAGUCAAAAUCCAAUUCGGUCUCAUUUACAUGUACCGUCGUUGGCAACUCAAACAGUACUACAACCAAUAGCGUCAGUAGGAAAUCGAAAUGAAAAUGUUAAUAAAGAACUUGAACUCGAACGAAAAUUACUAAUGAAAGAAGGUCAGAUAAUUAUUCUUGAGAAAAACAAUCGAUUGUUAAGUGAAAAAAAUGCUCGACUUACUCGAGAAAAAUGUCUUUUAAAAACUGAACAAGAUGAAGCAGCAAGUGCUCGUGAACAACGUAUUAAAGGGCAACUUGACACAUGCAAAUCUCAAUUGACAUUUAAUGAACGGGAACGUAGUGAAUUACAAACACGUUAUCAUACACUUGAAACGCGUUUUCACGAAAGUCAAGAAACAAGUAAUCGUCUUCUUCGUGAAGUAACACGUCUUCGCACUGAUAAACCGCAAAUAAAUUAUCAACAACAACCACAGCAACAACAACAAUUAACAAGUGCAACAUCGAAUCAUUAUCGUCUUCUUCAAACUCAAUUAGUACAGUUUUCAGCUUAUGAAUUAUUACGUACACGUACCAUUGAUUCAUCGACAAUGGCUAUAUCAAGUUUACAAAUUAUCUUAGAUCGAAUAAGACCACAAUCUAUAACUCAACAUAUUUGGCAAACAUUAGUUGAUUUAAUAUUUUUUCAUCAACAAAAUUCUACAUUAAUGAAAUUAAAGCAACAAGAUUUAACUAUUGGUAUUGAUCUGAUAACAAUGACUGCAUUUUAUCAAAUGAUUUACAAUACAUUACAUUUAUUUAAUAAUCAAAAAACUCGAUUAACAACAAAUAAUAAUGAUCAACAACAACAACAACAAGUUUUGACAUAUGAACAAUUAAUAUUAAUACUUGAUGCUUGUUCACAUUUUCUUUUAAAUACAGUUAAAUCAACUGAAUCAUUAAAUAAACAAGAAAAUGCGUCAACUAUGAAAAAACAACAAGAAAUCGAACCAAUGGAUGAUGGAUCAUCACAACGAUCUAUGACAGAUAGUAGUCAAAUUCCAUUUCCACCACCAGUUGAUCAUCACACAGCAUAUUACACAGCUAAAGGUCAAUGUUUAACAAUUCUGAAAUAUUAUCUUUCUCAUUCAACAACAAAUAAAUAUCCAUUUGCUCUGUUCAAUCGUAUUCUUACACUUUAUACAUUUCACUUUAAAACUCGUCCAACACAUGAAUCGGAACGACGUAAAGCUUUUUGUGCUUUUCUAAUAUCUCUUCUUGACGAACAGCAAUGCAUAAAUCCGUACCAAUAUUUAACUGCAAUUAUUCUAUCAGUACUUGAUGCAUCACCUGAUGAACCUGAUUGGCUGUGUGCUGUGCCGAUAACAGAUGAAAUAUCAUCUCAACGUUGUCUUUGUUCAGUACUAAUAACUCAUCUUGAUUCUCUAAUUUAUCUUGAUAAAAAUAAUGAUCUAGAUGAAUAUAUCAAGUUUCUUUUAGCAAUUUAUCGUCUUCAAUUAUUUAUUUAUGAUAAUGAAAAAUUUCAUAAAAUGGAACUUGAUAAUGGUCAAUGUCCUGGGUUAUGUUGGUUAACGUUAUUCAUAUCAUUUGGUCAAUGUCUAUCACGUUUUCUUUUUCAUAUUAUAAAACCGACAAUAAAAAAGCAAAUAUUUGAUCUUUCAAUAAAGUUCGUUAAAAUUUUAAUUCUAUUUUCCUUACAAUUACAACCAACAACUUGUUUACCGCAACAAGCCAAAGAAUUACAACUUUAUACAAAUCCAUCUCUUUGGCAUCUUUAUGAAGUUAUGUUAUUAUAUCAUCAUCAACAACAAUCGCAACAACAUAACAUUGAAUCAAUAAGUAUUAUUAAUAAACAAGUACUCGAUGAUCAACUCUGUGUUUUUGGUUAUAUACAUGAUGUAUUGGGAACUGGCAAUGAAAUAAGAUAG